CAGAACUCUGCGUCAACCAUUGGCGAAUCCAGGCCGUCCACAUGGCACCACAAAAUCAUCCCCAACCCGAAGCGCCUCAUCGAUCUUGGCGCGCAUACCAUUAGCCAUACAUCCGCUCUUACCAUAUUUCUCCCUCAGCUGCCACCCUCUCCGCCAACCUCUUCCUAGGGUUUUGUGAGGCUUUACCAGUAGCUCUUAAUCUCUAAGCCCUUAGGGAAUGCGACAAUGGUUGAGAUGCCAAAGAUGCGCAAAAAGGGCACAAUCAGUGAGGAAGACGUCUCCGCUCUAUUGCAAAGGUAUACGCCGACUGCGGUGCUAGCACUGCUUCAAGAAGUGGCACAGUUACCGGAUGUGAAGAUCGAUUGGAAUGCGUUGGUGAAUAAGACUUCAACUGGGAUUUCUAAUGCCAGAGAGUAUCAGAUGCUCUGGCGCCAUUUGGCCUAUGGCCACGCAUUGCUCGAAAAAUUGGAAGAUGGGGCUCAGCCGUUGGAUGAUGAUAGUGACUUGGAAUAUGAUUUAGAAGCUUUCCCCAGCAUUAGUACUGAAGCUUCAGCAGAGGCUACUGCAUGUGUGAAAGUACUGAUUGCUUCCAGUUUACCAAGUGAUUCCAGUCUCCCAAACAGCUCAAUGGUUGAGGCUCCAUUGACUAUAAAUAUACCCUGUGGCCAGUCAUCCAGAGCUCCUUCAGAAUAUUCACGACUUUCUGGUUCCAUGCAAGGGACAAACAUCACUAUUCCAGUUUCCGUUCAAAAAUCUGAAGGAUUUGAUGCGAAUGGAUCAACAAGUGGCAGUCUUCCAGCUCGAAAGAAACGAAAACCAUGGUCAUCAGACGAGGAUAAGGAACUGAUUGCUGCUGUACAAAAAUGUGGUGAAGGGAAUUGGGCAAAUAUCUUGAAAGGGGACUUCAAGGGGGAUAGAUCUGCUUCACAGCUAUCUCAGAGGUGGACCAUUAUCAGGAAGAAGCACAAAAACUUGAAUGUGGGUGGAGCUAACUCAAACGGCUCACAGCUCUCUGAGGCGCAGUUGGCUGCUCGUCAUGCGAUGUCCCUGGCCCUUGAUAUGCCAGUGAAAAACUUAACGACGUCUUCUUCAAUUGCAGGAACAAAUCCAAAUGCUACAUCCAGUAACUCAGCUUUUCCUGCUACCCCUGCUGAAGCUUUGCCGGCUAGCACCAAUAUUUCACAAGCCCAACAACUAUCUCAACAAGGCCCCGUGUCAACUUUAUCUCAAAUGGGAUCAUUGGGUUCUGCACCAAAAUCCCGGGCAACCUCAAAAAAAACAUCAGCAAAGUCUACUUUCAGCUCACAAUCUAUGCUAAAAGCUACUGCAGUUGCUGCUGGGGCCCGCAUUGCUACCCCAUCAGCUGCUGCAUCACUGCUAAAAGAUGCACAAUCAAGGAAUGCUGUCCAUAUCAUGCCUGGAGGGAGUACAUUAAUCAAAUCAUCUGUUGCUGGUGGUGCAAACCCAUUACCUGCCAACCACUUGGGAGCUCAUCCUAAUGUACACUACAAGUGUGCUGGCCCACCAACUACAUCACUUUCUACCUAUUCUGCUGUUGCACCAAGUGUGUCACGAACUGGUUCUGCAAAACCUGCAGCACCAGGUGGUCAGCUUGCUCCAUCCCCUUCUGCCACAUCUGUAAAUAUUUCUUCUGAACAAACUAAUGCAGCCACCACUAGUCUGGCUGUUGAAUAUCCAGCGAAGCAGGAGACUAAAACUAGUGAAGAGACAAAAGUUCCUAUCUCAGGCAAUGUACCAAAAGCAAAAGUCCUAGAAGAUCAAGCUUGUGUUUCAAGCAACACUGCAAGUGAGCAAGUUCAGGAAGAUCAAGCAACUUUGUCAAACACAGAAGUAGUUCUCGAAAAUAAAAAAGCUAUGGUUUCAGAUACUAAAUGUUUGUUAAAGACAGAAACAGCUGAGAAUGAUGGUGAGGUUGCUGAAAGUCAAAAUGUGAAUGAUAAUAAGAUAAUGGAUUUUCGAGUUGCAGGAGAAUGUGAGAAUCAAUCUGUGGCUAACGAGAAUUCAGGGAACCAAAACGCGAAUGAGAAACAGACAGAUUUACCAAACACAGCAACAGAUUGUGGUGAGAAAUCGGAUGAGGUUCUAUACAAAGCAACAGCUGGAGAGAUAUAGAGAGGAAAGAAAAAGGUAUGGCCAAGUUAGGUUUGUGCAAAUUGACUGGGGUUUUCUCAUCUCUUUAUUUGCUUGAAUUUUACUGACCAUUUUUGAGAGGAGAAAAAGGAAAUUGUAGUAUAAAUCUAACUGUUAAAAACUUGUGAAAAUCAAAUUUUUGAGGUGGAUGUGUUUGCCAAUGGUGUAAGUUAUUCCCUUUUCUUUUCCUGUUGAUAGUUGCUGGGAAUGGAUAUCAACAUCCAUGGGCAACUUUCCUUUGAAAUGGGCGGGGGUCACUUUGAAAUGUAUGGUUCUGUUUGAUGCUGAAUUGCCUCCACCCUUUGGUUUGGUUCCUGGUAUUAGUUUUUUUCUCAUC